AUGAGCCAGGCAGCGUACUGCGUGAAAUUUUAUGACUCCUCGGAUGACGAGCAUAAUCUGCAGGUUGCGCAGGUGGAGCCGGUGUUUGAAGAAACGCAAUCUUUGCCUGAAGAAUCCCCAGGAACAGAUAAUCGCGAGCAGCAACAACAACCCUCAUGGCUGAGAAGAGCCAUUGGUGGUACCGUGACCUUUGUCACAUCUUCCCUGUCGCCUCAGUUGGGUGCGCCUGCCGGGGGACAACUUGACAUUGCGAAGAGCUCACUGAGUGCGUCGACUGGCAGCGAUGACUGGAGGUACAGGGAACAUCGCAGAUUACCCUUCCAUGAGGAGUCGCCAUCGCAGAGUGAUUCGCUUUUUUUAUCUGAGGAUAUUGCUGUUGACCUGUGUGAGGUUAUUCUCCAGUAUAGGCGUACUCCAAAUGAUGUAUACAAGCGCAUCAUCCUUGCAGCACUUGAGUUUGGUGAAGUUCAAAUCAACGGUGAUGUCCUUCGCGCGGCGGCUGGCAACCGUGAACUUAUUGAAAUGUUGUUGCGCUCAGGGAGAGUAAAUGUCGAUGAUCGUGAUGUGCAGGAGGUCAUUCAGGAGGAGAUCAAUUCUGUGUUGCUGGCCGAUGAAUUGCAGCGGGGUCGUAUUUAUUCAGACAGAAUUGGGUACUUGACGUUGUUGUGCCGCGUCCCUAGCGCAACACUUACGAAGGAGCAAGCGCGGCAGUGCCGUCAGGGUGGCUUUGAAUUUGCAAAGUUGCUUUACGAGAAUCCACACGUCUUGCGAAAUAUUUUACCACCCAGUUGGAUUUUGGCGCGUAUAUUAGAUUUAUGCUUUUUUUUGGGCAUGCUCAUUACGUGGUUGGGGUUGGCUGCAAUUGUAUUGAAUCUUGUAUCUGUCGCCUGGCUUGCCUCCAUUUGGUUUGGCAGGAGCCAUUCCUCGUUUGGGUACUGGACAAUUCUUUGCUAUGUUGCAGGAUAUGUGGGGAGCAUUGUUGUGGUGAUGAUCUCCGAGGAAGGGAGAAUCCGCGACUACGACGAUCGCCUCUGGGAUUAUCCAGAUAACUCCUUGAAGGUUGUCCCUUGCAUCCCAAUUUUUGAGAUUGCCCUCAUGUAUGUGACAUUACGUUAUGAACUGCGGCGAGACAAGGCAAAGUACUUGGUAAUACGACAUGACUUGUACAAUGGCUUUUCAAAUUUAUUGAUUAUCAAUACCUUUUUAUUUGCCACACCGCAAUUGCUUCUUCAGUAUUAUCUUAGCACGUUGUAUGACCCAAUGACUAAAAAGCUUUCCGCCUAUAAACUCCUCUUGUCUGUAAACUACACAUUGUAUGGGAUGUCCAUGAGUCUCUUCAUGUGCAAUGUCUUUUUUCAGUACUCAUGCAAUAGUUUCGGGUUUGCCGUGAUGGCUGUGAAACAAGCAAUUAUGCUCCCUAUCAACAUCACCACUCGCGUUCUUAUCAUCACGGCGAUUUUUUACCUGGAGUGUAAUAUUAUUGGCUCUGUGAUGUCACUCACUGAAAUUGAUGCGUGCUCGCGAGGAACAAUUUUUUUCACUAGCAUUGCGGUGGCACUGACCGUGCUAGAGACUAUCGGAUUGGUCAUAUUGAUUACUUUUGAGCUGACGAGGCACAUCUGGGCUGUAUGCGUGCCUCUUAUUUUGUUGCCAGUGAUACUUAGCAUAUAUGGGUCUGUUGGGAUUGGUAGAAAAGAUGCGGAAGUUUGCAGGCUGUUGGCCCUUUCCACUUCCAUUAACCCUCCUUUUGUUUAUGUGGCGUUUGUGUUCCUCUGCGCCACAUUUUUUGCCUGGUCGGGUUUUGCGCUUUACGGCAAGCUGACUGGCAAGCAUUUGUACCUGCGCUUGGACUCUCAUUUCUAUUGGUCAUGGAGACGAUAA